AGGGAGCCUCUCCUCCUCCUCCUCCUCGUCCGCAGCCCAGGCCAGCGCCAGGCGGGGACCGGUGCCUGGUGCCUGGUGCUGGGCCUGGCCCUCCUUGGCGCCAUGAGGGGGGCCCCGGAGGAUCUGGAGGGCGAGGAGGCGGCCUCCAGCAGCUCCAUGAUCUCCGGCGCCAGCAGCAGCAGCAGCCCCUACCAGCCCACCACGGAGCCCGUCCGGCAGAGCAGCGGCCUCCGCAGCCUUCUCCUCCUCCCCCGGGGCAGCAGCAGCAGCCUCCGCUGCGACGCCCGAUACCUCCGCAGCGCCCCCGGAAGGCUCAAGGUCGCCCAGGCGGUUUUGGCACUGAUUUCCUUCAUCUGCAUAGAGACAAUCAUGGAAUGUUCCCCUUGUGAAGGCCUAUACUUCUUUGAAUUUGUCAGCUGCAGUGCAUCAGUAGUUACUGGAGUUCUGUUGCUUAUGUUCAGUUUAAAUCUCCAUGCAAGAAUACCACAGAUCAACUGGAACAUUACAGAUUUGGUCAAUACUGGACUCUGCACUUUCUUCUUUUUCAUUGCAUCUGUAGUACUUGCAACUCUAAACCAUAAAAAAGGAGCAGAAAUUGCAGCUGUGAUAUUUGGUUUCCUGGCAACUGCAGCCUAUGCUGUGAAUUUAGUCUUAGCAGUUAAAAAUUGGAGAAGUAACAGCCUACAGCAAAACACGCGACAAACCAGCGAUUAUAUGCGCGCUCGGACAGAAUCCAGAGAAGUAGAUCAUCGCCCAGAGAUUCAACGUCUCGAUGGGUGAAAAUAUCAUGCAAAGUGUGAUAUCGCUUAAGAAGGAAACAAAAUAGAAGCCUGCAGACCUUUUAAAAUAAUAAUGUUCACUUUUUUAGGAAAUGAAGGAGGAGCAUGUGGUAGCCAAGGGCACCCGCAUGUACAAUGAAGGGGAGAAGGAUUGAGAAGCAAUUGAAAUGAAGGCUCUAAACACUGACCUUUUCAAAUGAAGAUACUUUUCUAUAAAGGAGGAGGAAGAGAAAGAUACAUUGCAAUGAAGAACUGUCUUGGUCGCAAUGUUUUCCUGACUUGACAGACCCAGAAAGAGAGACUUGGUAUUCAGUUUACAUUUCAACCAUCCACAAGAAACAUCAGAAUUAAAACUGGCAAGUGGUUCUGGUUUUGAAACAGAUAGCUUCCAACAAUAGAUAUAAUGUAUUGGUGAGACAGAUAGCAAUAACAAACCGGAUACUUGGCUACACAAUUGCAUAUACUUCCCUAACAAGGUUUGUCAAAUAAGUUUAGUUCUCACGCUCCUACAUUUCUGUUACAUAUCUGCCACAAACAACUAUGUCAGACUUUUAGUUGGAGGGUUAUGUAAUGUUAGCUAAGUAAUUUUUAAACGAAGCACAAAGUUCACUCCAUUUGUAACCACAGCUAGGUAUAAACUAAGAUUUAUUUUUUGUAUCCACUACUUUAAUGUCUUUUUCUAAUUUAUAAGAGAGUAAUGCAGAGUUGGCAUUGAGCCUCUCUGUUUAUCAAAACACAUACAAAAUGAAACAUUUUCUCUUUUAUAUUCAAUCUUUGGAAAGCUUCAUUGUGUUCAGAUUUAAGGAACAUUUGCUUAGUAUCAGAAACAGUACUGCACUGAUUCUGAAAUGGUAAAAUUACCAUGAUAGUUUAAUUUGUUUUCUGAACAAUUCAGUUGGCCAAAUUAAUUUAAUUUGUGUAUCUAGAUUACACUGGUUUGACUAAUUUAACUAAAGGUAACUAAAUAAUACCUUUUUAGGCAUGAAAGUGAAUCUGUGAACUGUUUAAAUAAUUGUCCAGAGAUGAAGACUUGUUUUGGCAUGGACAUGGACAGAGUAGUAUUUAUGUGGUCUAUUUAGUUUACAUACCAUUCCAUAUAACUCCAGUUUUAUUACAUUUCCCAGCAAGAUUUCAUGGGGAAAAUAAUACAUUCUUAGAAUAGGAAAUUUGGAGCCGGUAAUUGGGAUCUCCUUUGCAUCAUUUGUCUUGCCUUAGGUCAACCACAAGAUUAUUAUGUAAAGUCAGUAAAAUUUGCUAUCCAUUCCCCCCAAAAUGUCAGGAGCGUUUCCCAAGUGAUGGUGGAGCAGACCAGCCUUCGAGGAAAGUCAGAAGGUAGAGUAGUGAAUAUUGGUUGAAUGUCUCUAAUUGUGGGAUGGUUGUGAACUGUGUUAGAUGGGAUUGGCAAUACUGAAUAGUUUUUUGCAUGAUUUUACUUCUUGCUUACAAUCAGUUGUUAGAAUUGGGGCCUCUAAUGGUUGGAGGGAACUCUUGUCCUCAGUACAGAUCUUAUAGAAUAGGUCCUGUUAUAUUGAAUCUAUGGCAACAUGAUAAUGUAUGUUUAAAAAUGAAUUUGGAUAAUGUAUUGAAGAAAUUGAAGAUUCUUGGCAAAGAGUCCAUAGGCAAGAUAUUUUUAAAAGACAGAUUGUGUACAGUCCUUAACAUUCCUGAGGCAUUCACUAUGCUUUUUAAAAGGUAGUCCAGAAACCCAGUUGAUCUGCGCUGUCACUAAUUUAGAGUUGGCAUGAUUUGAAUAUUGAAUGCCCUAGGAUUCCAGGAGACCAGCGUUCAAACCCCUGCUGGACCAUUGAAUCCUGCCAGGUGAACUGCACUUUCUCAGCCUUAGAGGAAGGUAAUGACAAACCUCCUGAAUAAAUCUUACUAAGAAAACCUUAAUUAUAGGUUUGCCUUAGGGUCACCAUAAAUCAGAAAUUAGAUGAAGGCACACAACAACAAAUACCUAAUUUAACAUUUUAUUUUGUUGUAAGCUGCACAUUGUACCAGCAUUCAGUAAGUGAGUGGCUGACUUAACUGCAUGUACAGUGCAUCUGAAGAAGUAGACUGAGGGCCCAAACAGACAGGCCGAAAUAAAGCUGCUUAGGGUCACUGUGUAUAGUGUUUAAAUGAC